GAAAGAAGGAUUGUCCAAGUGCGGAAGAUGUAAACAGGCCUUCUACUGCGACGUGGAAUGUCAGAAGGAAGACUGGCCAAUGCACAAGCUAGAAUGUUCUGCCAUGUGCGCUUUUGGGCAGAACUGGAAUCCCUCGGAGACCGUGAGGCUAACGGCGAGGGUCCUUGCCAAACAGAAGAUUCACCCUGAAAGGACACAGUCGGAGAAGCUGCUUGCACUAAAAGAGUUUGAAUCACACCUUGACAAACUAGACAAUGAAAAGAGGGAGCUGAUUCAGAACGACAUUGCUGCUCUUCAUCACUUUUACUCAAAGCACUUGGAGUACCCUGACAAUGCUGCCCUUGUAGUUCUCUUUGCACAAGUUAACUGUAAUGGCUUCACAAUUGAAGAUGAAGAACUCUCUCAUUUGGGAUCAGCCAUAUUUCCUGAUGUCGCAUUGAUGAACCAUAGCUGUUGUCCAAAUGUGAUUGUAACUUACAAGGGGACCUUGGCCGAAGUCAGAGCUGUUAAAGAGAUCGAGCCUGGAGAAGAGGUUUUUACCAGCUAUAUUGACCUGUUGUAUCCCACAGAAGACAGAAAUGACCGGUUAAGAGACUCGUAUUUCUUUAAUUGUGACUGCAGGGAGUGCAGUACAAAAGAAAAGGAUAAAGAGAAACUGGAAAUCCGCAAGCUGAAUGAGCCUCCCUCGGCAGAGGCGGUGCGGGACAUGAUCAAAUAUGCCAGGAACGUGAUUGAGGAAUUCAGGCGAGCCAAACACUACAAAUCUCCUAGUGAGUUACUGGAGAUCUGUGAACUCAGCCUGGACAAGAUGGGUGCAGUGUUUGAGGACAGUAAUGUUUAUAUGUUACAUAUGAUGUACCAGGCCAUGGGUGUCUGUCUCUAUGUGCAGGACUGGGAAGGUGCACUGCGUUAUGGGCAAAAAAUCAUCAGACCAUACAGUAAGCAUUAUCCCUCCUACUCGCUGAAUGUUGCCUCCAUGUGGCUGAAAUUAGGGAGACUGUAUAUGGCACUGGAGAACAGAGCGGCUGGAGUUAAAGCCCUGAAGAGGGCAAUUGCUAUCAUGGAAGUAGCACACGGGAAAGAUCAUCCAUACAUUUCAGAGAUCAAAAAGGAAUUAGAGGACCACUGAGCCUUUGAAUCUAUGCAAUCCUUCAAACCUUUAUUUAAAAAGCCUUGUUAUGGAAACCUUCAGGAGCACUUUGAAAAGUGGUAGAGUAUGAACACAGUUCUGUCCUAUAAUUGGAAUGACAAACACACUCUAGGCCUUGCAAAAUUGUUCCCAGCUUCCACACAUCUACAAUUGCCUAUUUUUUUUUAUUUUUUUUUCUUUUAAAGGAAGCGUCUGUGGCUUCUUAAAGGUUAUGCCUUUUGAAAGCUCACAUGCAAAAAUGGCCAUUUUUUUCUUGAUGGAUUUUAAUGUGUGUCUUACUUGUGUAAAGUAAAUAAAGUGGUCUUGGCCCCUCUUGA